CAUGAACUUGCUUAGAGACAAUGUCCAAGGGUCCAGAAUUCAAAAAUGGAUGUGUCCUGGAGAACAUGGAUCAUGGCUUGAUACAGCCUACGCCCUGUUCCGUAGGUGUCAGCACUAAGAACCGGGUCUCGGCGACUCGGUCUGCUCACUGAGCAUUGACAUCUUUGGACAUCGUAAAGAUUGAUGUGCUAUCAGUGGUGAGAAGCCUUGAACCUUGAUUGGAGGCGGCAGUCUUCUUCUCUCUCAUUCUCUUGACUUUGUAAAUUCAAUAUGGUUCAAUCAGAGAAAAUACCUUUCGCGGAAAUCUUUCCAUGGGCCACUUUUCGCCGGCAGGCAAAGGCGGACCUUGCACCACCUACCGCAAGCUUCAAAGGAAAGACAGUCCUCCUUGUCGGCGCCACCGGCGCGAUUCUCUCAGACGCGGCUCGGAUUAUCACCAGCCUCAAUGUUUCGACUCUCAUUUUGGCGGUCCGAAAUGUAGCUAAAGGCGAGUUGUUGGCCGGUGAACUGAGGAAAAUGAGCGUUGAUGAUGAUGAAAGCCAGCAGUCGACUAUCACUGUGAUGGAAGUAGACCUAUUGUCUUUUGAUAGCGUCAAGACUUUUGCAGCCGGGAUCAAUCAAGUUCAGACUCGCAUUGAUGUGGUGGUCAUGGGUUCUGCUAUAAUGAACGAUGAGACAAGAGUUACUGCAGAUGAAUGGGAAGAGACUGUGCAACUAACCCAUCUCUCAUCGGCACUCUUGAUUCUCCUCUUGUUUCCCAAGAUGCUGGCCGACGGAGAUAAUCAACCAGUGGUGCUCUGCAGUCUUACCAGCGCGGCGAUCCGCUCCGCAGCCCCGAUGGUCGAACUUCCAGACGACGCAAAAGACUCCUACCUGGAGCAGGUCAGCAAUGUCAAAGAUGCCGCUACUCAGAAGAGUUACCAAUAUGGUCUUGCAAAGAUGAUCCACGCAUGCUGGAUCAGGGAGCUCUGCGCCCGUCAUCUACCCGGCAGUAAUCCCAGGAUUCACAUCCACCAGCUGGAUCCGGGCGCCUGUUUCACACCGCUCAGCUCACGAGUACUCAUCGGGAGACUGCUGCUUUGGUUCAUUGGUCGGCCUAUAGAGAUGUGUGCCCGAACCGUGGUCAACGCAUGCCUACCACUGAUAGGAUCGCAUGGAAAGAUGCUGGUCGAUUACGAUGUUGCUCCGUAUCCUGAGUUCAUGGACAGGACACUCGGAUUAGAACUCCAGCGAAGGGUUUGGCAAGAGACAAGCCAGGUAUUAGAGAGCUUAGUCACCCCUCGGGCAAAAAGUUACCUUUUUGGACCAAGUUCGUGAUUGAAUUUGCCUGGUAAAUGAAAGUCCGACGGAGUUUUGCAUCUUAAAACGGGCUGGCUUCGUAAUGAAGAAACACGAUUAGAUUUGCAAAUACGCUAGAGCAAGUAAUAUUAUGUACACUCUAUCGACUUUGAAGGGAUGAUUAUUUGUCGUCUGCUAGCUUCAGCCCUUGCCUUUUUCCAUCCACCGAGCUCGAAUCAUCUUUUCAGAAUACACAGAUGACUAUGCUCCAGUGGGUUCCGUCUUUGGCGCAGAGGUAGUAACAGUCACAGGAGG